CCUACACCUUCAAGGUCCGCGUCCUUGAAGACAUUACUCGCCCUCGCCCGAUCCGUGUGCCGUUAUCCGUAGAGAAUCGCCGUUGAGAGCGUCUCGCGGCCGAGGUCUAGCCUGGAUUUUCUUCGUAAAAAUCGGAGUCCUUCAGCACUUAACCCCCUCCCGCGCCCUACCCCGCCCCGGAAGUGGUGAACGGGUACGCCGCUACGUCGCCACCCCACCCCGAUCGGUUACCCUUUCAUCCCUUCCUGAACGGUAGCGUUUCGAACGUCAGUUGAACGGGAGUGAUUGAGGGGUAAAGAGUUGGGUGGUAUCCUUGGAAGCAGCUCGUGGCAAGACGACGACGACGACGACGACGUGGUCGAGAAGAGGAAGUUUCAUUCCCCGCCGAGGGUCAGGACGAGUAUGAGGUCCUCGCUGGUGCUGCUCCUGGUAGCAGCUUUCGUCCUUGCCGAGGGUACGAGCCGAGUUAAGCGGCAGGAGGAGAAAAAGGAAGAGAGUUUCGAGAGCGAGAUUUGCAAGGACAAGGAUGCAGGCGAGUGGUUCAGAUUGGUCGCGGGGGAGGGUGAUAACUGCCGCGACGUUAUCCAAUGCACGAGUUCCGGUCUGCAGGCGAUAAGAUGCCCAGCCGGUUUGUAUUUCGACAUCGAUAAGCAGACCUGCGACUGGAAGGAAUCCGUCAACAACUGUAAGCUGAAGAACAAAGAGAGGAAGGCCAAGCCCUUGCUUUACACCGAAGAACCGCUCUGCCAAGACGGCUAUCUCGCGUGCGGUGACGGAUCCUGUAUCGAGAGGGGUCUCUUCUGUAACGGAGAGAAAGACUGCACCGAUGGCUCCGAUGAGAAUAUCUGCGACAUGGACAAUGAUCCCAAUAGAGCUCCACCAUGCGACCCCGCCGUGUGUACCCUACCCGAUUGCUUCUGCUCGGAGGACGGUACCACGAUACCCGGCGACCUCCCGUCCAAGGAUGUGCCCCAGAUGGUCACGAUCACCUUCGACGACGCCAUCAACAACAACAACAUCGGCCUCUACAAAGAGAUCUUCAACGGCAAGCGCAAGAAUCCAAACGGCUGUGAUAUCAAGGCAACCUUCUUCGUGUCGCACAAGUACACCAACUAUUCCGCGGUCCAGGAAAUGCACAGGAAAGGCCACGAGAUCGCCGUCCAUUCAAUCUCGCACAACGACGACGAGCGCUUCUGGUCGGACGCGACCGUCGACGACUGGGCCAAGGAGAUGGCCGGUAUGAGGAUUAUCGCCGAGAAGUACGCGAAUCUGACGGAUAACAGCGUGGUCGGCGUCAGGGCGCCGUAUCUACGGGUCGGCGGUAAUAAUCAGUUUACCAUGAUGGAGGAGCAGGCCUUUCUGUACGAUUCCACCAUCACCGCUGCCUUGAACAACCCUCCGCUGUGGCCGUACACCAUGUACUUCAGGAUGCCGCAUCGCUGUCACGGAAAUCUUCAGCAUUGUCCCACUAGAUCGCACGCCGUGUGGGAGAUGGUGAUGAACGAGCUGGAUCGGCGCGAGGAUCCACAGAACGACGAGUAUCUGCCCGGCUGCGCCAUGGUGGACUCGUGCAGCAACAUCUUGACCGGCGAUCAGUUCUACAACUUCCUUAACCACAAUUUCGAUCGCCACUACGAGCAGAAUCGCGCGCCCCUCGGCCUCUACUUCCACGCCGCCUGGCUGAAGAACAAUCCCGAGUUCCUGGACGCUUUCCUAUACUGGAUCGACGAGAUCCUGCAGAGCCGCAAUGACGUAUACUUCGUAACGAUGACUCAGGUGAUCCAAUGGAUCCAGAACCCGCGCACCGUCACGGAAUCGAAGAACUUCGAGCCCUGGCGAGAGAAGUGCACGGUGGAUGGAAUUCCGGCGUGCUGGGUGCCCCACACCUGCAAACUGACCUCGAAGGAGGUGCCCGGCGAGACUAUAAACCUUCAAACUUGCGUGCGCUGUCCCAACAACUAUCCUUGGAUAAAUGACCCGACCGGUGACGGCUUCUUCUAAACUGCCCAAGCGCGAAUUUCCUUCUCGUCUAAGUCAAAUUCCUCCUUUUCCUUUCUCCUCAAUCCUGCCGAUCCUUUCCUCCCCGUAUCUCAACCUGACGUCGGUCGAAAGGUGCGUCGCGAGUCCUUGCGCGGUUCAACUUAACGAAAAUCGCCGGAGAUCGCCGACCAACGCGUCAGCCAAGUAUCCUCGAGAUUUUCGAGAGCAACGACGAUUAUUACGGCGACGAAAUACACGGAAGAAACGAGGAGAAAGAAAAUCAUCGUCAGUCCGUUAGACUCCGGUGACCGCUCUUAGUUGCCGAUAUUUUUUGCUGUUUUUAUCAUUGAGAACGACGUAUCUGUGAUGAUUAGUUCUGUUCAGUUGGAAUAAUACGGAGUCUAAUGGACUGAAGAUGAAUGGAGUAAAAAUGAAGCUCUCUUCGCUUCGCAUUCACAGAUGUCCCUUCAGCAAUAAUGUUCAGCUUCGUUACACUAGAAAUUCGUUACUCUACGCUAUAAAAUAUAAAUCGCUGUAUUUUUCUUUUGCGCGCGUGCCUCGUUAUCAGCUGGUGAUUAAAAUUAACGUUCAUCAUGCGCCAGCAAUCUGUGAUAGAUUUGAUAGAAAGCGACGUCCUCGAAAUCCUCGAGGUGGCAACGUUGACCGAUCGUGACGACGACGACGACGAUAACGAUGACGAUGACGAGAGCCACGCGCAUACCAAUCGAAACCAGGCAGAAGCAAAAGCAAAAUGUCGCGCCCCACCCGCGAUCCCACGAGGAGAAAUCGCGGAUCCUUCGAUGGCGGCGAUCCGCGAGUGGGAUAUUCCACGUGUAAUAUAACCGUGUCCCCCUUCGCUCUAUCGCAUCUCCGAUUUCCUCGACGAAAGCCACGACCGAUAUCGAUCUAUCGGCGAGUACGCGCUUUCUUCCCGUCGAACUUCCCCUUCCGCCCUGCAGAAAUAAUUCACGAAGACCGCCAAAUCGAUUGUUCCCCGAUUCGAGGUUUGCCCUUAUUUUUUUAAGGGCCUGCCGAUUUAUAUAAAUAUAUAAAUAUAUAUAUAUAUAUAUAAAUUUAUAAAUAUAUAUGUA